UCGACGCCACUGGUCAUUCGGCAAAUUGUCCGCUAAAUUUUGUCUGCCAACUUCACACCGGUGCUGGAAAUGACCUUUACGAAUGGUAUGAGGAUUUUUUUGAGCCCACGUGUGAGUAUUAUGGAAAUUUAAUAUUCCGUCUCGUGUAAAAGUACAUUCGUCCGUCGCUAGAUUGUUCUUAAGAAAAUCCGGAUUUUCAAUGUUUUUGUGCAAUGUUAGUCUGCGAGGAUAGUCUUCUGGUAUCAAGGCCCGCACUCGUUGUACAUGUUACCAUGGCUCCACAGCCGUUAGCCCUGGGUCCAGAUCCAGCACCGUUCACCUGUCCACACUGUGAUGCUAAAGUGACAACGACUGUCAAAGCGGCUGCAAAUACGAAAACGCACAUACUCGCUUUAAUCCUAUGCAAAUGUCUAUGCAUACCUUGCUUGUGUAUUCCAUAUUGCUGUCACUCCUGCCAGACUUUGCAACAUUACUGUCCAAACUGCAAGGCAUACUUGGGGGCGUAUGUUAACUGAAAAUGUAUUUUUUUAUAUUAUUGAGUUUUUUUUUGUUAUACUUAUACUGGACGUUUAGUGUUUAACCUUACCAGUAUGUUUGUACAUCAAAUAUUUAUAUAAA